UCCAUUGUGGAGCGGACGCGGCGUUAUUUUUGACUGGAGGCGGCGGCGGGAGCCGUAAGUGCAGCCAGGGCCGGGAGCUGCCCGUCGGCGCGGGUGGGGCGGUGACGAUGCUCCUGGGCGGGGCCGGCUCGGUCAACGGGCGCUGAGCGGCACCCUGAGCUAGCGGCGUCCGGCUGCGGGCGAGCGGCGGGUCCCGCAGCCCCUCUGGGCCGCGCCUCCUCCCCGGCCCGGCUUCCUGGGGGAUGAAACUCGGCAGCGGCUUCCUCGGCGGCGGCGGCGGCAGCAAGAGGGCGGUGGCCAUGGAGCCCACCUUCCCCCCCAGCAUGGUCAUGUUCAACCACCGCCUCCCGCCGGUCACCAGCUUCACUCGGGCGGCCGCGCCCCCGCCGGCGGCCCAGCACCCCUCGCAGUGCGUCUUGCCGCCGCCCCCCUCCGCCGCCUCUUCCUCUGCGGCGGCCGAGACUCCCUCGCCGCCCCCCCCUCAGGACGUGACUUUCAAGAAGGAGCCGGCUGGGGCUUUCCCUUCCUCUUCCUCGCAGAGGAGCCCCUGGGGCUUCCUCCAGUCGCUGGUGAGCAUCAAGCAGGAGAAACCCAGCGAGGAGGAACAGCAGCAGCACUAUGGGGGGCUGUUCGGAGGGGCUGGGGAGGAGAGGCACCCAGCCCUGGGCAGUGGCAGCGGGGAAGGAGCCAGCCAGAGUGUGAUUCAGGACCUCAGCCUCCUCCACCACCUGCACCACCAUCCCCACCGGGACCUGUUACUGAGCAGCAGGAGCGAGAGCGCCCCUGGGGGCUCUGAUGAGCCAAAGCACGAUGGCCAUGGCAAGAAGGUGAAGAGGCCAAAGCCAGAAUCUCAGGGAAUCAAAGCCAAGCGCAAGCAGAGCGCCUCAUCCAAACCCCCAUUGGUGGGAGACACAGAAUCUGCCAUCUUGUCCUCAAGUCAGAAACCUCAUGUCUGUGAACACUGCAGCGCUGCCUUCAGGAGCUCCUAUCACUUGCGCAGACAUGUGCUCAUUCAUACUGGGGAAAGGCCUUUCCAGUGCAGCCAGUGCAGCAUGGGUUUCAUCCAGAAGUACUUGCUACAGAGACAUGAGAAGAUCCACAGUAGGGAGAAGCCAUUUGGAUGUGACCAGUGCAGCAUGAAAUUCAUCCAGAAGUACCAUAUGGAGAGACACAAGAGAACACAUAGUGGAGAAAAGCCAUACAAAUGUGACACUUGUCAGCAGUAUUUUUCAAGGACUGAUAGACUGUUGAAGCACAGACGAACAUGCGGUGAAGCCAUAGGUAAAGCAGGUGCAGGAAUGGAACCUGGAUCAUCAAAUCACAACAUGGGGAGCCUGGCUGUGUUGUCUCAGGGAAAUACAAGUUCUUCGAGGAGAAAAAGUAAAACAAAAAGUAUAUCCAUUGAUAACAAAGGACAUAAGUCUAGUAAUAAAGUAACUGAAUCACAAGUUGCAAGUAAUAUAACCAUGCAGAAUUAUGCAGUAGAAAUUCCUGUUGUGUCUUCCAGUGGUGGCUUAGUUGGUGCUGGCAUGGAAGAAUUACAAAAAAAGGUGCCAAAGUUGGUCUUCAAAAAAGGAAACAGAAAAAAUGCAGAGAAGAGUUACCUUAAUUUUGUGUCACCAUUACCUGAUAUUAUUGGGCAAAAACCAUUGCCUGGGAAACAAAGUGGCUCUCUUGGUAUAGUAACCAAUACUGGUGUAGAAGCUAUUGGCCUUCUUCAAAAUGCAGGUGGAAAGCCAGGUCAAAUAAGUAGCAAUUAUGAUGAUGCCAUGCAGUUUUCAAAGAAAAGAAGAUAUUUGCAAACUGCCAGCAGUAACAGUGCCUUUUCUAUAAAUGUUGGACAUAUGGCCUCCCAACAGUCUGUCAUCCAGUCUGCAGGUGUAAGUGUUAUGGAUAAUGAAGCCCCAUUAUCUCUUAUUGAUUCAACAUCUCUAAAUACUGAAAUGAAGUCUUGCCAUGACAAGUCUGGAAUUCCUGAUGAAGUCUUGCAGAGUCUUUUGGACCAGUACUCUCACAAGUCAGAAGGCCAGAAGGAAGAUCCUUUCAGUAUAACUGAACAACGUGUAGACUUGCACCCCUCGGGAGAACAUUCUGAGAUGGUUCAAGAAGAAAAUAUGAGCCCAAAUUCUCAAACAGCUUCAAAUGAUAAGGCAAGCAUGUUGCAAGAAUACUCUAAAUACCUCCAACAGGCUUUUGAAAGAACGACCAAUAGCACUGGUUUUGCUUUUGGGCCCAGUUUCCAAUUUGUUAGUUUGUCUUCAACUCUCCAUAACCACAGUUUAUUUCAAGACAAACAGAUAUACACUACAUCUCCUCUUGAGUGUGGCUUCAGCCAGUCUGUUACCUCAGUGUUGCCAACUGCAUUGCCAAAGCCUCCUUUUGGGAUGUUGCUUGGAUCUCAACCAGGUUUUUAUUUAUCUGCUUUGGAGGCUACACAUCAACAGUUGACUCCUUCUCAAGAGCUGGAUGAUCUGAUAGAUUCACAGAAAAAUUUAGAGACUUCAUCAAACUACCAGUCUACAUCUCAGAAAUUGAGUAGCCAGAAGGAACAGAAAAAUUUAGAAUCUUCAACAAGCUUUCAGAUUCCACCUCAGGAGUUAGCUAGCCAGAUAGAUCCCCAGAAGGAUGUAGAGCCUAGAGCAACAUACCAGAUUGAGAACUUUGCACAAGCGUUUGGUUCUCAAUUUAAGUUGGGCAGCAGGGUGCCAAUGACUUUUAUCACUAACUCUAAUGGAGAAGUGGACCAUAGAAUAAGGACUUCAGUGUCAGAUUUCUCAGGGUAUACAAAUAUGAUGUCUGAUGUAAAUGAGCCAUGUAGUACAAGAGUAAAGACCCCUACCAGCCAAAGUUACAGGUGACUCAUUCCAGAUUGGUCGGGCAAAUAUUCUUGAAUCCAUGGUAAAUGCCUAGAAUGAUAGCUUUAAUAUAAACAAUAAUGUCCCCUGAACUCCUGUACAAGGCUGUAAUUCCAUAAAGAGAUUCUAGUGACAUAAGCCCUGAGAACAAAUCUUAAGUGUCUUGUUCAUGUCAUUAGAACCCCAACUUGAAGCUACAGUCAUAACUCAUAUACCCUUUGGGAUACAUUAUUUAUUAUACAUGGUUUAAAACAAAUCAGUGUUUUUCGCUUCUCUUCCAUCCCUUCCUGUUAGUAUGCUAGGUCCCCAUUCUGCAUAUUUUGUUGUCCUCCCUGGUUCAAUCCUACAUGGUUUGUGGUCCUUCCCUGGUUACUUCCCAUCUUAACAGUUAGAAUUGUGAAAAGAUUUACAUUCCAGAAAGUGCAUAAUUUAUUAUGUACUUACUGGUGUCAUCUUAUGACAUCAAGUACAGAAAAAUAAAAAUGUAAACACCCACGUAUUUUAUAAUUCUAUUAAGGUUUCCAUGUACAAUAAGAAAUAAUAUACUCCCAAUUGUACAAAGUAAGGCCCUGAUGCUGCCUUGGGAUUUGCUAACAUGGAUGACUAUAUCCAACGGAUCCCAGUAACUUCAGUGGGUCUCCAUAUAGGUGCCCUGGUCUACAACUUAUCUCACUGCAGACUUGGGGCUUAAGGCUGCAAUGCCAUCAAAGGUUUCUGGUGGUGACAUACAUCACAAGGGUGGCGCUUGAGUGGUUUAAUGUCACCAUAACCCUUUAAUGGAAUUAUUGCCAUACUUUAUGUAUAUUUUGUGGUACAUUAUUUAUUAUAUGUGAAUCUUGAUUAAUGCCUGUGGAGCCACGGAAACCCAGAAUUGCUAGUGGCCAUUUGAAGCUGCUGAAAGGCAGUGGCACUGCUCUAAACCACUUUUUUGAAAACGUUUUUUUCUGCUUAGUUUUUUUAUGUAAUUUUUGGUGAUGUUUAUGCUGAUGGUUUUUUAUGUACUCUUGGUGAUGUUUCAGUCUUACGUACUUCUCUGGUGUCAGAAAAGUACCAGUGGUUGUUUGCAGUCUUCUAGUGUAAUCAGCCUAUUACAGGCUUCCAUGUAUAAUAAAGUAAUUAACAUUGUGCAAGUGUAAAACACUUCUGAUAUGCAAGUGGUGUUUUGAAAACUAUGGAAUUAUUAAACAAAUUG